UUGACAUAUUCAAUGAAACUGAUUUACAUUGUCAUUUUGGAGGAUGUGACAUAGUGAUGUCCUGUCUUGGUACAACUCCAAGUCUCUUCGGCAUGAGUACAAUAACUUUCUAUAUGGAUUCCAUCAAACCUAUCAUCGGUGCUAUGCGCAGAUGCGGGAUUACUCGAUUGGUAACCAUGAAAUCGGUUGAUACGAUACCACAGAACAAGGGACCCUGGCUAUUUGAUCGCAUAAUACGCCCUAUGAUCUUGUCAAGCGUCCUUCAGAGCAUGUCGGUAAUGGAGGAUUAUUUACUGAAGGAGUGCCAUGAUAUAGACUUCACUGUCAUCAAACCCCCUGGAUUGACGAAUGGGCCAAGCAGUGGAAAAGAGGUGAAGGCGAUGGAGGGACAUUUCGCGGAAGGUACGAGCAGGAGAAUCUCCCGAAGGGACGUGGCCAAGUUUAUGUUGGACUGUAUUCCGCUAAAUCAGUGGGUGCGCAAACUCGUGUCGAUCGGACUUCCGGUGUAACGCAGCAGUACGUCGUGAUCUACAACAACAAUAACAAACGUUGCACGUAACAUUUUGUUUAACACUUUUGGUACCCAACGAGUCGAAAACAAGUAUUUUCAACAUUAUUGAAAUGUUAGCAGUAAAACUGUGGUAUUUAUUAUCAGUGCCAUUUGGGAUUGUUACGACCGUGUAUAUACUAUCGGGAGUGGGAGAAAUGCAUUGAUAUGUAUGUAGGCCUAUCACAUCGAGUACCGUAGAUCAUUAGUUCUAAGUCCGGGUACUGCUGGAGUCACAUAUUGUCUGACUUUGCAAAGUACAUUUCUAUAUUGAGUAUCAUAAUGAGUAUCAUCAAUAUAUAAUUUAUAUAAUACAGGAACAGAAAACGUAACUAUAUAAUCAGAUAUAUAAACAAUCAGAAGUAAAACAUUUCAGGGACUGUACUUUCAAUAACUCGCUGUUUUCAUUUAGAUAACCAGACGUUUUAAAAUUAGGGAAUACUUUUAUCUCCAAUUGGGAUUCAGUCCAUCUAAUCUCUGUAACUUUUUGUGUAUAAUGAUUGUAGAUGAUAGCCAAGGAUAAAAUGUGUUUUAAAUUCUGAUACAUUAAGAGGUGAUAGAUGUGUCGUUUUUCGGCCAAGACUAUACUUACAUGGUACAUGGCCAUAGCUGUAAAAAGGACGUAAAACACAAGCAACCUAAACAUCGCACAAAGUUGUUUCUGUUUACUAAAAUUUUACUGACAUACAUUAUGCAACAUUUACUGGCAUUUAAGUUCUUUUG